CGUGCUGUUGUGAGGCGUUUCUUUACACUGGAAACAGCUGCAGGUCAACGUCGUAGUUUCAAUUCCAAACAACGGGAUUUGUCCGCUUUAAGUGGCGUAAACGCGGUGAAACUCCUAAAGUACCUGAGAAGGAAACCAAACAUCAACAAGGUGAGAACAAACGGCGGAGACAAAGUCACUGCUAAAGCAUGUCAGCCGCGCACAGCGAGUCGAGGAAACGGAACAAGAAGCGCUAUGCCGGCGGCCACCACCACAGUAAACGCUGUAAAGGCGCCAGAGAACUGGAGGUCGGAAUGAACGGGAUCCUCAUCACAUGCAACAUGAACGAGAAGAAGUGCACGGCAGAGGCCUUCAACCUGCUCAAUGAAUACGCUGACCAGCUGUACGGUCCAGAGAAGUUACAGGAAGAUGGUGGGAGCAGCAGCGGGGAAGAAGAAGAAGAAGACGUGGACGUGGCUCUGAAGAAAGAAGUGGCUCAACUGAGGGCGUCUGGACCAAAACAGGAACGACGGUUCCAGGCCUUGGACAGUGGGGCCAACAAUGUGAUCUUCAUCAAAACAAACAGUCUUGAGUCUGACGAGUUGGUUCAUCACAUUCUGUCUGAUCUUCACUCAUCCAAGAAGAAAAAGUCACGAGUGAUCCUCCGGAUGCUUCCGGUGACUGGAACAUGUAAAGCCUUCCAGGAGGAUAUCGUCAAGUACCUGACGACUUUCCUGGAGCCUUGGUUCAAAACCCCAAACUCUGCCACAUAUCAGAUCGCCUUCAAGGCUCGAAACAGCAGCCACAACAAGAGAGACGACAUCAUCAAAGCAGUCGCAGGUCUGGUUGGGAAGAUGAAUCCUAAAAACAAAGUGGAUUUGACCAACCCACAGCUGACGGUCAUCGUGGAGGUGAUAAAGGCCGUGUGCUGCGUCAGUGUGGUCAAGGACUACACUCUGUACAGGAAGUACAACGUCCAGGAAGUAGUCAAAGUACAUGCUUCAAAGUCUGAUAAGACAGAUCCAGACGAUGGUCCUGGACAGGAGGUGGAAGUAGGAAGAGAAAAGACGGAGGAGUCUGGGAACGGCGGCCACGAGUCCCCGGAGAACAAAGACACAGAUGAAGGCGGAGUCGACGGGGAGUGAAACUUUUUUGUUUGUUUAAACUUUUAAACCAGUUUUCUAGGUUAACAUUUGACAGCGUUUGAUUUAAAAAAAAAAAAACGUUUACUUUUCUUUUUCUAACACAAAUGUGUGAUCAAUCAACAUGGACAUGUUACAUCUUAACCCCUGUGUUACAGUACUGCAGUACUACAGUAGUAAAAUAAUGCAGAAAAGCUGAGGAAUAUUCAUACGUAAGCAGCUCAAAUCAAAGAUUUGUUAAUUUAUUUUUAAAAAUACAGUUUUCUAUCCAAAUUAAUUGUAAAUUGUAUAAGAAAAAAGUUGAUUAAAUAGAAAAAUGAUCGACUGGCUGUGAAGCCUUAGUUUUAAAAAGUGUUUUUUGGCAAAGAUAAUAUUUUAUACAGCUGUCAUUUUCUAUUCAAUGGUUCAACGAGCACAGCUCGAAGAUUUCACCUCGUGUCGAAUGUGAGCUGUUACAUUUUUAUCCUUCAGUGAAAUGUCCUGUGGAUUUAAAAUGUCCAAAUGCAGUUUUUCUUUUGGCCACAAGAUGGUGACAGUGACAGGUAUGAACGUUCAAAUGACAUGUAGAUGGUUUUUGUUGAAUUCUAAAUCGAUUACUAUUUUUAUGUAGAAAAUAUUUUUAGACAGUAUCAUUGAUGAAUCAUUGUUGCUCUCAAUAAACUGUAUUUUUCUCAGUCGAAG